AAAAUGGGCUAAACCAUUAUCUUGUGGCUGUCCCAUGAGUCACACCCAGCACCCCUAUCUACAUUUUAUCCAAACUAAACUUCACAUCCCACUCUUUCCGCUUACACAACCAAAACAACAUUGUUUCUCGCUUUUCUUUUUCUCACUCAAAUUCCAUUGCUCAUAGCCACUGUAACACUUUUCAUCAAUUUGUGAUAAUAUUCAUGGACUUCAUUGCUGAUGUUGGUUUUCUGCACCACCCCCUUCACCUCUUUACCCCCUUCCCUAGCCCUUACACACUGCAACGCAAGAGACAUAUACGUCAUCGCGUGACACUGCAUGGAGAAUAUAAAUUCAUGUGCUGUAUGAAGAACGAUAAAUCGGUCAGAAGAUUAGCUUCAUUUGCAACACGUAAAGACAAGUCAACCACUACUAGUGUUGAGGUUCCAUGCAAGAUAGUUUGGACUGUAGAAGCUGAUUUAGAAGAUGGUCACCUUCUGUACAUAACUGGAGAUCCUGCUGAGUUAGGCUGCUGGAAACCAAACAUGGCUGUACUAAUGUCGCCUACAGAGCACGCUAAUAUAUGGAAAGCUGAAUCUCAGAUUGCUUUUGGCUUGAACUUUAAAUAUAAUUAUUUCAUUAAGGAAAAAUCACGGUCCUCAAGGGACAUUAUUUGGAAGCCUGGACCAGCAUUUUCUCUUUCAGUGCCUCUUACAGUCCUAGAAGAUAAUGAAAUUGCGGUGAGGGAUUUAUGGAUAAGGUCUGAUUUCCUUAUGUCUUCAGCUCAUGCAUGGAGCCCCUGCACUGAGGAAACAUAUCUUCUAAAGCAACCCUCUAUUUUUUUUCCAGUGGAAGAUGAACGAAGGAAUACGAGUCUCCUUGAAAAUGAUUUCCUAAAGUCCGAGACACUCAUUUUGGAAGAUCAGUUAUUUUUUGACAAUGAGGACAUGGUGAUUAUGAGUAAUGAGGAUUCACAUUCUAUUGAUGUUCUUUCUGAGAAUUACCAGCUUGUUGAGGAACCCUGGCUACUCCAUUCACUGCAUUCAAUUGUCUCUGAGUAUAAAACGGAAUCCGACGUGUCUCAAACAAACGACGCUGUGAAUGAGCAGGUGAAGCUGGUAGACACAGAAGAGUUGCUACAUGAAGAAAGUAAUGUUACAAUUCCGAAAGACCCUGUUUCCACCACUAUACUUAUUAACUCAUCAAUAUGUACCAUGCAAAGAAUUGCGGUACUGGAGGAUGAUAAAUUGGUUGAGUUAUUGCUGGGACCAGUGAAGACUAAUGUGCAAUGUGGUAGUGUGUAUGUUGGCGUAAUCACAAAGCUUGUUCCUUCUAUGGGAGGAGCUUUUGUUGAUAUUGGGAAUACUAGACCCGCUUUCAUGAGCAUUAAGUCAUACAAGGAACCAUUUAUAUUCCCUCCAUUUAAUCAAAGUACAAAGAAACAAAAAAGUGAUCAUAAGGGAGAAAAUGAUCACAUGUCUCGUUCUAUUGAUCUCACCGAUGGAAUAUCUGACAUACAAUCUGAGGAUGAUUGUUUAAAAUCUGUACACGAUGACUAUGAUGAGCAUGAACCAGAUGAUGAUUUUUUUGUUUCAGAAGUUCUGAAGGAAGUUGUGAAUGGUAGUGUGGUUGAUGAUGAAGUAGAAGCUGACUUUGAGGAUGAUGUAGAGGGAAAUGAUGUUCAUAUAGAACGAGAAAUGGAUAACAGUUCUCUUUCUUUUGGCAUGAAUGGGUCUAUCAACUCUCAUAUUUUGCAAACAAAAGAUACAAAGAGAGAAACACAAAAAGACAAAUGGAAUCAAGUUUCCAAGGGAACCAAAAUAGUUGUCCAAGUUGUUAAAGAGGGGCUUGGUACUAAGGGUCCCAAUCUGACUGCUUGUCCUAAACUAAGAAGUAGAUUCUGGGUUUUGAUUUCACGUUGCGCUAAAGUUGGAGUCUCCAAAAAGAUUCGUGGGGUUGAGCGCACAAGGUUGAAAGUUAUGGCAAAGACAUUGCAGCCUGAGGGUUUUGGCCUCACUGUAAGAACUGUUGCUGCUGGUCAUUCUUUUGACGAAUUGCAGAAAGACUUAGAAAGAUUGCUUUCAACUUGGAAAAACAUAAUGGAAGACGCAAAGACUGCUGCUCUUGCUGCUGAUGAAGGGGUGGAAGGAGCUGUUCCUGUUAUUUUGCACAGUGCAAUGGGUCAAACUCUCUCAGUGGUCCAAGAUUAUUUCAAUGAAAAUGUUAAGAAAAUGGUGGUUGACUCCCCGAGGACAUUUCAUGAGGUGACCAAUUACCUUCAGGACAUGGCCCCUGAUCUUUGUGAUCGAGUUGAACUAUAUGAUAAAAGGGCUCCCCUUUUCGAUAAAUACAAUAUUGAAGGAGAACUUGACAAUAUCCUCAGCAAAAGGGUUCCACUUGCUAAUGGAGGUUCUCUAAUCAUCGAACAAACUGAGGCAUUAGUUUCUAUUGAUGUAAACGGAGGACAUGCAGUGCUUGUUCAUGAAACCUCCCAGCAGAAAGCUGUUAUUGAUGUCAAUCUUGCAGCUGCAAGACAGAUUGCAAGGGAGUUGCGACUACGAGAUAUUGGUGGCAUCAUUGUUGUAGAUUUCAUUGGUAUGACAGAUGAAGCGGAUAAAAGAUUGGUCUAUGAAGAAGUCAAGAAAGCCAUUAAGAGAGACAGAUCCCCGGUGAAUGUCUCUGAAUUGUCGGGAAACGGACUCAUGGAAAUCACACGAAUGAGGGUUCGACCAAGUGUGACGUUCACGAUUAGUGAACCAUGUACCUGUUGCCACGCCACAGGCAGGGUUGAAGCUUUAGAGACUUCCUUCUCAAAAAUUGAACAGCAAAUUUGUCGUAUUCUCGCAACAAUGAACCGAAAGGGAGAAUAUCAAAAGCCCAAAUCCUGGCCAAAAUUUCUUCUGAGGGUUGACCCAAGUAUGUGUGAGUACUUGACUUCAGGGAAAAGGACAAAACUUGGAAUAUUAAGCAGUUCUCUCAAAGUCUGGAUUGUCUUAAAGGUUGAUAGGGGGUUUACUAGAGGAUCAUUUGAGAUCGCACCACAUACCGACGACAAAGUUGGUAAAACACAGCAUGAAGCUGCCAUUUCAAAGGCCAGUCCCAAAAAAUCGACCAAAUUCUACGUUCAAGUGAAAAAAUCAAAGGCUAAGGCUAGGUGAAGCAGAGGAUUUGUUCCAUUUUUCUUACCUGAAUUUUGCAUGGCUUAAGAGAGAAAUUGGAAGAGCAAAACUAAUCUGGUUUCACUUUUGAAAGUCGAAAGUUAGAAAUCGGCUGUCACAGGCGAAUCAAUUUUGAAUGACAGGAGCAUUUUGUUGUUAAGAACUACAAUUUCUACAAAGUGAUUAGCAAUCACUGAUUCAUUUGAGUUCACAUCAAAGGUUAUAAUACCAAAAAAACAAUGGCAAUGAAAGGAUGAAAAGGGUGCUUUUUAGAGUAAUGCUGAAAUCACCAAUAAAGAACAAUGCAUGAGGAGAACCAUUCACUGGCUUUUAGUUUUUGUAUCAUUUAUGCAUUUUUUAAAGCAGUGCUCAAUGAAUGUUAUUAGCAUGUUACUUUCUUAAUUUUAUUUAUAACUUCAAAUAUUUUGUUGGUUA